UGGGGCAUCCCGAAUCGUCAUAUAUUGAGGCUUGGUCACACGCGUCAUAUUUUGACGCUUUGGGUGUGAGAAUGUGUUGGAAUGGGCCUCUGGGUAAAACACAGCUAUUACAUUACGCAGAGUUUCAAGGCCAGUGCAAAGAAGCGUUAGCCUCUAUAUUACAGAAGUGUCGACUUAAAACAAAACCAAAUAAACUGACAACAUUAACAGAUGGAAUAAAAAGUGUUGUUUAACCACCUGGUGCUUGAUUUAUCUAUAAUGAAUGCAUAUCCUGUUCACAAUCGCUUCACACUCUGAGGCUUUAGAAAAUAUUGGCUCAUAUGCAUUUGUACACCAAAACAUGCAUUUCAAUCAGGAAUCAUGUAUGUUGCAGAAAUAUCAAAAUUCCCCAUAAUCAGAAGGACAGGUGAGACAGGAGCUCUUUAUCUAGACUUCACAGUAGAAACAUCAUUCAGAUAAACUUUACAUGACUGAACUGGUAUUUUGGUAUCAUUCGUGUUUUUGAAGACUUUUCCAACUGAUAAUGGUAAUGUCACACUAACUACCAGUAGUUACUAUGAUUAUCCUAAUGAGCCACUGGCAGCAGCUUUAACAUUUCCUCUGAUUUUCAUCUUGAUUUUGUUUACACUUCCUAAACUGUUUAUAAACUAAGAUGAAAGCAUCUUGUCUGAACUUAGAUUUGUCCGAGACACCCUUUAGAAACUUCUAGCUACUUAACAGAAUGCUCCGGAUUUAACAUAACAGCUGUUUUAAAUCAAUCCUGGUCUGUAUCCAUUCGCCUUCCUGGUAAAACAGUGACAUCAGUCAUCAUGAGGCCGUGACAUAUUUUAUUUAUCAAGACAAGUCACUCAGGUCAUCGUUCUGCCUAAAGCAUGAACUAACAAAGAAAACCGUUUAACAACUUCAUGUGACUAAUUUAGAGUCUUGCACCGAGUCACAACUAGUCAGCUUGGAUGAACUCCUGCUGUCAGUGCAGUACGUUUUUCAGGAAUGAUCUGCUCAUUUGUUUCGUCACCGUUCUCUCUGUUUCAAAGAGCAAUAGACACUGACGGCUGAGUAAAAACUCCUGACAGAUUGAUGCAAAACCAGCUCCUGAAAGAACAAUGCAGAGUGUUGAAUAUGGAUUUAGCCAGCUAUUAUCUGAGAAGCGCUAAGACUGCAGCAUUGUGAUAAACAAUGUGCCACUGAUAAAGAGAACGGUGAGUGCUGACUCGAGGUGCGAUCGCAAUGUGAUGGGAAAAUCCAGUGUGUUGAUCCAUCAAUAACCUCACAGGUAAGAGACGUAGAAGAGCUGGCUUUAGACCCAAUGAACACCAGGUGCUUGAGCAGCUCCUCGCUGCAGUGUUUCUGUCUCUGCAGCUAAUAAAAGCUAUUAUAGUCUAUGGAUUGGUUUACACCAGAUGCGCUGUGGUAGCUUCCAAAUGCAUCCAGCGUAGUGCCGCACCUGCGUUCCAGAACGCAUCACGCUCUGCAGUACACCUAGGACCUUACGGGAAACCACACAUGGAAUAUUUAAAUAAAACAGCAGAUUUCUGUUUCUUUCUGAGAGAAUAAAUGUAAAAAAGAUCCUUGUUUUACUCUCGUUUAUGUGAAGUAGUUCUUCUCCUUUACAGACUCUGAGGGUGUUUCUCAAUGCGAGGCCAGGCGCCUUACUUACGAGGACACUGUCCUUCCUUGGCCAAAGAAAAUGGUUAAAUGGAACAGACUUGCAUCACGUGACCGCGGCUUCCACGGCGGUCAUGUAACGUCACGUGACACGGGAGAUAACGUUAUAUUUUAUAUGUAUUAUUUUCAAUAUAAAUAUAAAAUGAGCUUUUUACUUUUUAAAUUGUGUAUAUGUUUAUUAAAUUAACAAUAUAAGUGAGUUACCACCCGCGAGCCACCGAAGCUGCAACUACUAAAAAACUAACCAACCAUAGAUACCUUCUUUGGAUCUAAAAAAAAAAAAACAUUUUCAAUUAGUUGACUUAUUUUUAAACUUGAAAUUUUGCCCCCAAAGUAGCUGCCAGCUUCUGAUCCACCAUCCUUUUGAAAAUACCGUGGUGUAUUGUGGGUAAUUUUGACCAAGGCUAGGCUGUAAGACACCUCCAGUGCAUCCUUGCUUAGCUAGCUAAACGGCUAAUAAACGGAGAACACGCGCCUCGGUAGAACAUGAAAAUUAGAACACGUCUUGGCGGUUCCUAAUGACGUGCAUCUCCUAGGCAACCAGGGCGGGGCCAAGACAUCAAAGCAAGGUUCCUUGGCAUUGAGACUUGGUCAGGAACUCCAAUAAAAAGCUCAUUACAUGAAUAGACUUGGACUUGAGGUCUGAGAAUCAAGUCCUUGACUACAUGUUUGUAUCUAAGAGUUAAAUGUAACCUGGUUACUAAGCUGCAGAGAAAGAGAUGGGAAGGUGGCAAGUCCAAGGCAAUCUCAAGAUCUUGAGGUUCAAGUCUAAGUCAAGCAUGCUUAUGCUGCAGGUCCAAGUCAGGUCUCAAGCGAUUGAGGCUAAGGUCCAUGUUGAGUCUCAAAGACUUGAUGUUUAAUACCACGUCUGGUCUGACAUCACUAAGGCUAAUGUCCAAGUCGAGGCUCAAAUACUUCAGGUUAAAGUCCAAGUCUAAAGUCUAACUCAACUCAAAGUCUUAAGUCUUUUAGUUUCAAGUUCAAGUAGAAUCAAGUAUUUGACUCUAGUCUUGUUCAAUCUCUGACUCAGUCUUUGAGUUACAGGUCCAAGUCCAGUCUCAAGCCUUUUACAAGUGAUUUAAUUUGACACCAACCAGAACAUAACUCAAGUGUUCCUCAGACACACGCAGUCACUCUCACGAGCAAGAACACCCCCUUCUUGUGAGCAUGUGCAAUGCAGAGCCCCAUAUAAGGUCAUGCUGAUGAUGUAAUGGUCCACAGGCAGGGAGCACAUCCCUUAUUGUUUGGUCUGACUGCAGGAAUGCCCACAUUACAGCUGCCACUAAGAGAGGAGAAGCGUUGAAUGGAAAGAUAAUAAGCUUAAAGCGGCAAAGCAACAGCUUAAAGGUGCUGAUUGAUCAGGAAAAGGCCUACCAAGGGCGAAAAGAGGAAGAAUACAACAAAAAGAUCACAAGUCUUAAGGACGAGCUGACAAAACUCAAGUCGUUUUCGUUGAUGAUUGUUGAUGAGCAGCAGCGUCUCACCGAACAGCUGAAUCAAAAAACAACAAAGGUCCAAGAACUGAGGGCCAGUUUCACACAAGCUCAGGAGGAGCUGAGCUCAGCUAAUGCUCGUCUGCGGGAAGAGGAGCAAAAGGUCUUUCGCUUGGAGGCUGAGCUGCAUGAACAAGCCUGUCGAUACCAUCAGGAACAAGAGACCAUGACCGCCAAACUGACUGGAGAGGAUGCUCAGAACAGACAGCUCCGCCAGAAGCUGUCGGCUCUCAGCAGGCAGCUAGAUGAGCUGGAGGAGAGCAACAAGACUCUGCGAAGAGCUGAAGAAGAACUGCAGGAGCUCAGGGACAAAAUAAGCCGAGGCGAGUGCGGAAACUCUGGGCUGAUGUCGGAGCUAGAAGAGCUACGGAAGAGAGUUCUUGAGAUGGAGGGGAAAGAUGAAGAGCUGGUCAGGAUGGAGGACCAUUGUAGAGACCUGCAUAAGAAACUGGAGAAGGAGUCCAACCAGAGCCGGUGCCUGAAAGCUGAAGUCGAUCAACUGAAUCACAGAAUUAUAGACUUGGAGAAGCUGGAGGACGUGUUCAGCAAGAGCAAACAUGAAUGUAUCUCACUUAAAAGUCACCUGGAGAAGGAGAGGACAGUGUCAAAGGUUCUGAGCAGUGAGAUGGAAGCUCUGAAAGUCAGAGUGAAGGAGCUGGAGGCUUCUGAGAGCCAACUGGGAAAGACUGAGCUGAUGCUCAAAGAAGAUCUAACCAAGUUAAAGACUCUGACUGUCAUGUUAGUGGAUGACAGGAAGGCGAUGGCGGAAAAGGUAAAGCAGAUGGAGAACAAGGUGCAAAACAGUACCGGCAAACUUCAGGCAGAGCAGGACAAGGUUACUUCCGUCACGGAGAAGCUGAUAGAGGAGAGCAAGAAAGCUCUGAGAUCAAAAGCGGAGCUGGAGGAGAUGAUGUACAGCGCGACCAAGGAGAGGGAUGACCUGAAGGCCAAGUUAUGCACUGAGGAGGAGAAGAGCAACGACUUGGAGUCAAAGCUGAAUGUGAUGAAAAAACGUCUGCAAUCACUUGAGACAACUGAGAGAGAAUACCUGCGAAACAAAGCUAAAGAGGAGCAUAUCAAAAUGCCUCUAGCUAACCGCUUCCAGCAGGAAGACAACAAGGUCAAAGAGUUGACUCAGGAGGUUGAACGCCUCAGAUGCAAACUAAAGGACCUAAAGGUGGUGGAAGGGGAUCUAUUAAAGACACCGGAGUUUGAAUCGCUUGAAAAACGAUUCAAUAAUGAACAAGAGAAAGCCAGAGCUCUGAUGGAGGAGCUGGAGAUCUCCAGAAAAGAGCUUUCAAAAUACCAACUGGCUGAAAAGAAAGAGUGCAACCAAGAGCAUGUUCUCUAUAAACGCUUAAAGGAGGAGGAAGCCAAGUCAAGCCACCUGACCAGAGAAGUGGCAGCCCUGAAAGAGAAGAUUCAUGAAUACCUUGGAACAGAGGAAUCAAUCUGUCGAAUGAAGACUGACCACUCCACACUGCAAAGGAAGCUUACCCAACAGGAGGUCAGAAACAAGGAGCUGGCCAGAGAAAUGGAGACACUGACCAGGGAACUGGAACGAUACAGACGCUUCAGUAAAAGUCUUCGACCUGGUAUGAAUGGAAGGCGCUUUUCAGACCUCCACGUGUCCACCAAGGAGGUGCAAACAGAGCCACUGGACCUCAUGUCUCCAGGAGACAAGACAGCGGUACCCCUAGAGCGAGCAGUGGUCAAUGGGAAGCUGUAUGAUGGAAGCGAUCCCGAAGACAACACAGGCUACAGUAAUGAACUCCAGCUCACCAAACGCAGCCCUUCUCUAAUCAAUAACACCAACAAUCUAAACAACAACAUGAGACGGGUGAGAGGCCCCUUCCUCAGGAGCAAGGACACCCCUCCUCAUCAGGCCAAUGGCAAAGUGCAACCGCGACUUAAUGGCAACCACGUCCAGCCUGGAGACGUGGUGUUGACCCACCAUCCGGGGCAGCCGCUGCACAUUAAAGUGACCCCCGACCACGGACACAACACAGCUACGCUGGAGUUCACCAGUCCAACCACAGAGAACCCUCAAUCAUUCACCAGCACUGCUGUCAUACCCACAAGCGGAGGUCCACCCAAGCAGAGAAUCACCAUUAUCCAGAAUGCAUCCAUGUCCCCAACUACAAAGUCCAUUUCUCCAAUAACCAAAUCCAAGAGCUCCUCCCUGUCUGAGGAGCUGUGUUCACCUGAUAGGGCCCUCUCACCUUUUACCAUGACCACAUACACCAGAGCAACGACCCCAGACUCUUGCGGUUCUGUAAGCCCAGACCGAGCAGUGUCGCCCAUACAGAUCGUCUCUGUGAUGACAAGCACGCCUGAGCAUUCCCUUUCCACAGAGCCCGUGGAGGUCGUUGGCGGGCAUGCGGUCUUCCGCGUGACGCCGGAGAGGCAGAGCAACUGGCAGAUCCAAAGGUCCAACAGCUCGGGUCCAAAUGUCAUCACGACAGAGGACAACAAAAUCCACAUUCACUUAGGGAGCCCGUUCAUUCAGAACAUCAGCGCGCAAACGCAGAGUCUGUGUCACACGGCCGGACUCCAGGAGCAAAGGACUGCUCCGGCUGUCAAAGGCAACAGCAAAAUCACAAGCAGCAUCGUGAUCAAACCCACUACCACCCCAGUCCAAAGGCCUUCACAAAUUACAAUCCCUGUAGAAGCAUUCCGACGUCCAGGACCGACCAGAAUCCCCAAACCCAAGUGCUUCAGCUCCCAGAAAGGCCCGAGCAGCGCUGCAGCUAACCUGGGACUGCAAAAUAAAAUUCACCCGGCUGCUCACACUCACAGCAGCAGCAGCAACAACCCGAAUCUAAUGAACAGAAGACUGUGACAUCAUCUGAAGCAGACUCCGCCUUUCUUUGGAAGAAAGUCUACCUGUUAACACCACCUGUGGUGAUUCAAAGACUCCCAAAAAUCAGCCGUUUGUUGUUGGGUGUGCUGUAGUCUGAGAUGUUAGUCUACUGUGCAGUGGAAGAGCUGUGUCGUGGUGACACCAGUGUGUCCAGUCAAGUUUUAUGCAUAUUUGUACGGUGAGUAUUUGUUUUCCUCCCCUGUGGUAGUAUCUGUUGUGAGAAGCUAGGAUUGGGACACAUGUAUAUAUUUUAAAAACAGUGGCAACAAUGUAUAGAACUAAUGCCAGCUCUCACUAACUCUUUAAAAUGUGACCUCUGUAUUAUUUUGACUGCAAUAAAGAUUUUUAUACUUCA